AUGAAUGACAACAGGAAGACCGCAGCUACACCCUCCGACAGGUUCGGCCAUCUUUUCCAGACGGAUGCUUCCAAGCCCAAGCCCAAGGCUCCCCGGUCCAAGCCCAAGGUUGACAAGCUCGCCGAGCCAAAGACUGCACAAAAGCCAGCGAGGGCCAGUAGAACGCCGUUCAAGGCCAAAAGUCCUGUGGUGAUUGCAGACUCGGACGGUUCCGGGGAUGAAGAGACUGUGGAGGGACAGGCUGUUACGCCUGUCAGACGCCUGAUUCGCACCAAGCGUGCUGCAACACAGGACCUCACGCCUGCGACCAAACGGCUCAAGAGUAUCGAGCUCCUGGUGGAAUCAACGUUCGACGACGAGUCGGCCGGUGAAGCGAGCCCUGAGCUCACGACUCGUAGCCCUGCGCCUGUCCAGCGCCAUGCGGUUGCUUGUCGAGAGUGUAUCGACAAGUGGAGGACUAACCCUUCGUGGGUUUGCGAGAUGGCCGAGUCUGGCAAGAGGCCUUGUCUCAGUUGUGAGGCUGAUGGGGUCGAAUGCUCAGACGAUAUGCUUGAGGAAUCUCGCAUGGACGUCCAGAGAGUCCAUGAGAUGGCGCACCGCCAUCGACUGGGUCUUGCCGUGAACCCAGAAGAGUGGCGCACUGGGCUCAGCGGCGUGUUAUCGAGCCUCCAGACGUUCAACGCCUGGCAACGAGCAAGGGCAGCCUCCCUGCAAGUGAAGAGGGUCGCCGCCGAGGUAGAGCGCCACAUGAGAGAGGAGAGGGCCGAGAAUAAAGCUCUCAAGGAGUCUCUGGAAGAGGAGAAGUCCUUGAGAGAGAGGCUUGAGGGUCAGGUUAAAGCUAUGCAGACCCAGCUUAACGGCCUCCGAGCUGCUAACGAUGAGGAUGAUUGGGAGGAUGAGGUUGACGGUGAAGGUGCUGAGGGGGUUGAUGUUGGUGAGGAUCAGAAUGCUAAUAGUGCGGAGUAG